UACUCAAGUAUUUAUCAGGAUAUAACCAGAUAAUUUAUUUCAAUUAAGAAAAGAGGAUAGUUGCUUUAAAAGGAAUCAAGUCACAGAAAAACAUACAACAAAAUCGAGCAUUUGGCCUACACAAGAUGUCGUUGACCGACAAGCUAAUCACAAAUCAUCUGUUUUACCUGAGACAUGUAAAGAUUGCUUGCUAGUGACACAUCAUAAAGAUGAUUCAUCCUAUAAAAGUUUCCAAGGAACCCCAGGCCCAGAUGCUCAUUCCCAAACCCAUAUAAAUGGGGAAAAUGCAGAGACUAUCACCAAUACAGAUGUCCCAGACCAUGGAACAAAUACGAAAAGACGUAAUAGUGCAUCAUUUGGUAUAAUAACGAAUAAUAACUUUUAUUUUAAUAACAACUUGACAGCACAAGCGCCUUUGUUUAUAUCUAAACUACCUGCUUGUAUUGAGGUCUCUGAGACAGAACCUGUGAUGUUUAAUUGCAAGUUUACAGGCAAUCCAAAACCUGAUGUGAUGUGGCUGUAUAACGGGAAUACAAUCACAAGUAAUGCAGAGUACAUUCUUGAUGAAAGUAAUGAUGGAAACUGCUUGAUGAUAAUUGCACAGGCUAGCAUCCUUCAUUCUGGAGACUAUAUCUGUAAAGCUGAAAAUGUUGCAGGCAAAGUGCAGACUAUCUGUUCAUUAACAGUCACCAAACAAGAAACUUCCUCAAAUAUGGAUACAGAGAACAAGGAAGCUAUUCAAACUAAACAAUUCUAUGACACACCAGUUUUUGAGAGUAAUCCGGAAGAUGUUUAUGUUUUGCAAGGGGAGAGAGCUAAUCUUGUGUGUAAAGUUUUGAACAAUCCUGUACCUAUAAUCACAUGGCUACGUGAUCACGAAGUCAUCUCAAACAGCAGAAGAUUUCAGACAUACACUAAGACAGAUGGAACAUGUUGUCUAGAUAUUGAUGAUGUUGACUAUGAAGAUAUUGGGGAGUAUGAAUGCCUAGCUGUUAAUGCAGAUGGGGUUAAGAAGAUUAUGGUCUACUUAGAUAUUGCAGAAUCACCAAAAAUUAACCAAUCACUGGAAAAUCUGGAUGUCCUAGAGGGUCGGAUGAUACAACUGGACUGUAAACUAGAUGGUAUUCCAGAACCAACAGUUACCUGGUACAAGGAUGGCAAUUUAAUUACUGCAUCUGAUCGAUUUAAACUACAUGUAACUAAAGAUUAUGUGUAUUCACUUGUGAUUUACAACUGUGAACAAGAUGAUAAUGGAAAAUACAGCAUACAUGCCAGGAAUAUGGCUGGCCAAAUAUCUAGUUCAGCUGUGGUAAAAAUAAAAGAGGCAAAUGAAGUUAUAAUCAAGAGAACUAAAAUUGAGGAUAAAUAUGAAUUUUUUGAAGAACUAGGCAGGGGAGCAUUUGGGAUUACCAAAAGAUGUGUUUCAUUUACUGGUGGAAAAAGUUUUGCCGCUAAGUUUAUUGAGCUUAAGAAUGGAAAAAAAGAGGAUAUAUAUAGAGAGAUUGAGAUAAUGUCAUGUCUACACCACCAGAAACUAAUCAAGUUAUAUGAUGCUUAUGAAACCAAAGAAAAUGUUGUCAUGGUGAUGGAGCUCGUGAGUGGAGGCGAGUUAUUUGAACGGAUAAUUGAUCAGGAAUCUUUCACUGAAGUCAAGGCUGCUUUCUUCAUAAGGCAGGUUCUUGAAGGUCUGCAGUACAUGCACAGCAAUGGGGUUGUCCACCUAGACCUAAAGCCUGAGAAUAUACUACUUGAGUCUGAAGAAAGAGACGAUGUUAAAUUAAUUGAUUUUGGAUUAGCAAGAAAAGUAUCCCCCGGAAACGAUACGACCUGUAAACAAGGGACACCGGAGUUUGUUGCACCUGAAAUUGUAAAAAAGCAACCAGUUACAAAUGAAAGUGACCUGUGGAGUGUUGGGGUUAUUGCGUAUAUUCUACUGAGUGGAAUAUCACCAUUUCUUGGUGAUACUGACAAAGAAACACUGUUGAAAGUCAAAAGCAAUGAUUGGGAUUUUGAUGAUGCAGUGUGGGAUACCAUCUCAGAUGAUGCCAAAGAUUUCAUUACAAAACUUCUGAAAGAAGAUCCAAGUGCAAGGUUGGGAGCUGAAGAGAGUCUUUAUCAUACCUGGCUUAAGGUUGAUGAAAUGAAAUACACAGAAAAUGAGAAAGCAAGGCUUAGCACAAUUCGCCUAAAGAGCUUCAAUUCUAGAAGGAAAUGGCAGAGAGCACUGACAGCUGUGAAGUCUGCUGUCAGAAUAUGUCGUUUGUCAUCACUAAAAAGCAUGAAAAGCUGUUCGAAAGAUGCUCAAUCUGCCACUGCAACAGUAGAUCCUAAAUCUAAAACUCAGACAAAAGCCACAGCAAGUGUCCACACGGAACACAUUAUUUCCGAAACUAGCAGCAUACAUUCCACAACAGAAAAUGAAGGUAUAGAUCAACUUUCUGAUGUUGCAUGUCUAGAAGAAAAUCUCAGUGAUUGGAUACAUAAAGAUAAUGCUCUGCAAACCAGCAAUCUACCAUCAAUUAACAGGGAUAAUACAUUUGCUGAUAUGAAUGCAUGCGAAUUUAGUGCACUGACUAACCACGAUAAUGUAGUAAAGGAGGACAUAAGAUGUGUCUUGAAUGUACAUUCUAAAGAGACUAAGUGUCGAUGUAGUAGAGGUAGUGAUACCUGCAUUAGUUUGAAAUGUAAUGAUUUGAUUGAGCAUGCUCCAAAUUUAAUAAUUUCUAAACCAAAUGCCGUUGUGAUUAACGCAUCUGAUGGCCUAGGUCAAAGAUUAUCUAUGAAAUUUGAAUCAUCCCAUACAAUAUCUGCUGUUACGAUUGAAUCAUCAGCAGUUGGUUCUACAGUUCUCUCAGAUACACUUGUUUCUGAUUCUGAUACUGUCACUACACUUGUGGGGUUCUUUUCUGAGCACACGUCUAACUCAAUAACAGAAGCUCUCCCAAAUUCAGCAGCUGAUUCAAAAUACCAAUUACUGACUAAUGAAAAGCCAGAAUCAAAGCUAAGUUACAUUAAUAACAACACGAACACGGAAAGCAAAACUAAUGGAGAGAGCAGUGCAAUUGCUAGUCAAGGAAGUGCCAGUAUUAGAAGACGACGACUUGUCAAAUCAUUGACCUUUGACCAGGACCAGCAGAUAUCGUGCACAUCGCGAAGAAGGAUAUACUCAGAUAGUGAUGAACCGCAGCAGAAUUCAUUGGAGAGUGUUGAUAGUGUUUUUGGUGACAGUAUUGAAUAUAUAGAAUCAAAAAAGUCAUCAUCAACAUCAUCAUCAGAUUCAACAGUACCAAGGCGUCAUCCUUCAAUACAACGGCCUUCAACGCUCUUUAGCAUAUCUGAGGGUACUGCUGAAAAUGGCAAAUCUACGCAUGGGGAAGUGUUUAGCUCAGCGUCAUCUUCUAGAACAUUAACAAAGAGGAGGUCAACAUAUCAGACAUGGUCACAGGAAUCCCAAGAUUCAAUUGAUAUUCCCAUCACUGAAGUUUCUCAAGAAUUUCCCUUGCAAUUAAACACAGAUAUCAUGGCUGCAGACGCUGCCCGCCAAUCACAGUCAAAGAAACGACGAUCCGGAUUUUCAUUCCGACCAGGACAGGAUUCAAUUCCUGCAAAUGCAUUUUUGAACACAAGUGAAGAAGAAACUCCCAAGAUGCUCUCUGUUGCUUCGGUAAUGAUGAAGCUCCACAUGAACAGACAAACAUCAAGAUCACCGUCGACUAGCGAAGAAUCAGAUGAAGCAAAAUCUAAAAGGAAGACUAGUGAAAAUAUUGAAAAGAAGAAAUUCACUUUAGCUGGUUCUCGAGAGCUUUCACCCGAAGAUGUUGAAACAGAACUUGAUUUCCUCACUACUUCAGAUGAUGAAAAAUUAAACUUUCCUUUUGUUUACAAAAUGUGGCUUUUAAAAGAUAAUCAGUACGCACACAUUGCAAUUGGUGGUUUAUUUGGAAUUUUUGUUGCUAUACUAAUCAAGCUUCUAUUUUCUAUAAUCUUUGAUGCCAUUUUAUAGUUUUCAAGAUUAUUUUUAACUUCAACCAAAUUUAAUAUAUUUUUAAACAUAUGUAUAAAUUGAAAAGAAAUGUGGUCAUGAUUAUGAAUAAUCACUUUUACACAUUUUGAAAAACUCCAAAUAUAAAAGAAGAUUCUGAAAGUACAAUAUUUUAGUUUUUUAAAAUAAUCUCUAAGGUUUAUGACUCAUAAUAAAACAUGCACAAUAUCAAGCAAUUAUCUUUACAUUUACAUAUUUACUUAUGCAGCAUCUACUUAGAUACAUUUGCGUAAUCACAAGAUAUUAAACUUGGUAUAGAAAAAAAAUAUGUUGUUCCAAUGGAUCACGAUUUGUAUAGUUGCUGUAACGCAAUUGGCCCUUUUGUAAACCAGACGUGCCAACCCUGAACUGCUGAAUAUAUUUAUACAGUUUCUGCGCAUGAAUAGAAGUUUGCAUCGUACAGUACAUGCGAUCAAUUUUUGGAAAUAAACAGGAUAAUUUUUUGAGGAUUCAUUAUAUUUGUAAGGCAUACUCAAUAGGCUAUGGCCUCAAAACAGUAUUCAUUUGUUAAACUAUUUCUUUUGUUUUAACUCUACUGUAAAUAAUUAUAUAUAAAAAUACACAAAAGUUUAUAAAAAUGUACUCUUGGAGGGAAGCUGUUUAAAAUACUUGCCUUCAACUUGUUUCACAAGCAGUCCAUUUCUUUUUUUAAGUACACCAUUGAUGUAUCAAUGAGGUUAUGCAUUCACUGCUGUCUAUCUUUUUAGCAAGAUUACGUAAAAACUAAUAAAUGGAUCAUCAUAAAAUUUAGUGGAAAGGUACAUACAGUAAUAUUCAAAGAAAGACAACAUUCAAUUUUUGGAAGAAAAGUUCAAAGGACAAGGUCAAGGUCACAAAAGUUCAUUUAUUUACCCUCGAGCAUAAAAGAAAACAAUGGAAUCGCCCAUCCUACUCAGGCAGCGCUCAAGCAAAUAAUGUACCUGAAUACAACAGGUGAUUCCUUUAUUUUCUUGAGGGUAUGCUGCAGUUUUUCCCAUUAUACACAGCCUGAUUAUUGUUGGUAUUCAGGCACCCGGUAAAGGUAUGGAGUGACUGAUCUAGUUUAUAUAUUAUUAGUUCCUUUGUGACCUUAGGUCACAUGGAACUAAUGCAAUGGUUCACAUGUAAAACGUGUGUAUGAGAUGUGACACCAAAAGAGGUCAGCAUAUUUAUAAACAAAUAGGCUCCGAAACGGUGCAUAGCGGCAGGUAUACAUUGUGCUCGAUAGUUGCUGGUGGACAUGCAAUUGUGCAAGAAAUGUUUGUUUUUUCGGUUAAAAUGAAAAAUGUAAGCUGUAGGCGAUAAAACAUAUACCCCCUACCACCAGUUUUGAGUCGUUUUUUAGUCGAAAAUUUGAUUUGCGCAUGCGUCGUGUCAAACUUUCCCGACAUUUUGUUUCUGUCGCGAGAUGCCUAGAAAGGUUCUUUAUGUUGUUUUUGCGACUGUCAGUAAACAUUGAGCAAACUGAGAUAGUUGUGGGAUAUCAGCCACAAACAUGAAACAUGUAUGUGGUUGAAUUUGGAUGGGAAGACCGAGAAAAAGUAUAGUAUUGGAAUGCCAUUGGUGCCACAAUCGAUUUAUUUUUACACGUUUUCACUGAUCAAGACAAAAUUUAGGGAUUGGAAUCCAGUCUACACAAGACAAACAUGCACACACAAUGCUUUACACAAACUAAAUCUCAAUUUGGCCGUGAGAAAAAAAUUUUGCAAGCACCGACAGGAAUUGAAUCCAUGACCCUAGGAUUGGAAGGCAGGCAUCUUAAUGACCAAGCUAUUCAACUCCACUCCUAUAUAUACAUAUAUGGAUUGAAAACUCCAAAAUAAAAGGUUGGAUAGAAACCCUGUCAUCAUGCAAGCCUGGAGUUUAGUGGUUUGAUGCUGCAUUUCAUUUUACAGAUGCAAUCAUAUUUAUGACAAAAAUGUGUUAUAAAUAUAAAUGUGUACAUUAGGGUUGGCACAUGGUUUACAAAAGGGCCGAAUACUACUCUACUAUUGCAGGGGCUACGAAAACCCCCUGCUUUAUACCUGACAUAUUUUUCAGAGACCUGUAUGUGAUUUCCGGUUGCCAGUACAUGUACACAAUCAAUGAUGGGUACCUCUUUUUGUACUGCAUUAGGAAUGGGGGUAACAUUUAGGUCCACCAUGUUAUUUUUUUUAAAUUAUUGGUACCAAAGUUUAGAAUAAUAUAUUACCUAUCACUUGGUAUACAAUGUAAUUACAUGGUUAAUUAUGUCUCAGGAGGUCAAAGGUCAUCUCCCAAAAAUCAAAUUUGAAUUCACCCAAAAUAUUAUUAAAACUUUCAAUAAAAUGGAUGAAAGUUAGCUGAAGUAAAACAUAUAUUUGAAAACAUAUAUAGAUAAGAUAGUAACAUAUUGAUUGCUCCACUCACUGCAGAGGCAUGGCUCCAAAAAUGUUUUGCGUUCGACAUUAUUUUUGUUAUGUGGGUGUGUCUACAUUAUCGAUUCAUUAUUAGAUUUGAUAUGAAAGAAAAAGCUCUUAACUGGCUUUAAAUAGCAUUUAUGAAGCUGAAAAAUUAAAGUGAAAGUUUGCUUUAUUAUUAUAUAUAAUUAAGUCGCGACACCAUCAUUUUCAUUAUAAACAGUGAGAAUGACUUAUAAAGCAAUUAUUUUCAAGUUAGUUCGGACUCCACAGAAAACAGAAGCCUAAUAGGAGCCAUUAUUGUCUUCAGCCCUGAGGGCUUCAGGCAAUUUUUUCAGGAAAUAACGGCUCUUUCGGCCUCUAUUUUCUAUAGGGUCCUCAGAACUUGAUAAUAUCAUACUUGUGACUUAACUAGUAAAUGUAUGAACUAAUAAAGUAUUGAAAAUGGGGUAUCCA